AUGGGCGCUCUUCUCUCCCUUCCGUUUCUCGCUGUUCCCGGCCUCUACUCGGUCGGGUCUUUCCUGUUAUCAUGCUGCGGUGCCGCCGCGUGCUCUGCUCUGUGCAGUGCCUGUGGAAAGUGCAAUAGCAGUACUGCUACGAGGAUCUCCUAUGCCUUAAUCUUUCUCGUAAACUGCAUCCUCUCGUGGGUCAUGCUCACGCCGUGGGCCAUCAAGAGGCUGGAACACCUCGCCCUCGACUACUUUCCGAUAUCCUGUAUGGGCGAGAAGUGCUAUGGCUUCGUCGCAGUCCACCGUAUCCAGUUCGCCCUCGGCUUCUUCCACGCUAUCCUCGCAAUCAUUCUCCUGGGUGUUAAUAGCACACGGGAUGGGCGCGCUGCUAUCCAGAAUGGAUAUUGGGGCCCCAAAAUCAUUGCUUGGUUCCUCCUUAUUGUCGUUACGUUCCUCAUUCCGGAGGGCUUCUUCCUGGUCUGGGGUAACUACUUUGCGCUUAUUGGCGCCAUGCUGUUCCUGCUUCUCGGUCUCAUUCUACUCGUUGAUCUCGCACACACCUGGGCCGAAACCUGCCUCGAGAAGAUUGACGAAUCCGACUCCAAAACAUGGCGCGGCAUCCUCCUCGGCAGCACCCUCGGCAUGUACAUCGGCAGCAUCGCGCUCACAAUCGUCAUGUACAUCUUCUUCGCCGGCAGCGGCUGCUCCAUGAACCAGGCCGCAAUCACCAUCAACCUCCUCCUCUUCCUCGGCGUCUCCUUCAUCUCCAUCCACCCCACCGUCCAGGAAUACAACUCCCGCGCCGGCCUCGCCCAGUCCGCUAUGGUCGCAAUCUACUGUACAUACCUGACUAUGUCUGCCGUCUCCAUGGAGCCCGACGACAAACAGUGCAACCCGCUGCUCCGCGCCCGCGGAACCCGCACCGCAUCAAUCGUCCUCGGCGCAAUCGUCACGUUCCUCACAAUCGCAUACACCACCACCCGCGCGGCAUCGCAGGGCGUCGGCCCCCUCAGCAAGGGCACCACAUCGCCCGCCAACGGCGGAUACUCUGCCGUCGGCGACUCGGAGCACGGACUCAUCACCACCGAGCCCAGCAGGUCGGAGAUGAGGGCGCGCGCGCUCCGCCGCGCGGUCGAUGACGGGUCGCUGCCGGCAUCGGCGCUGGAUGAUGAGAGCGACGAUGAAGACGACAGGGUUGCGCGCACGGAUGAUGAGAAGUUUGGCGCGCAGUAUAGCUAUACGGGGUUCCAUAUCAUCUUCUUUUUGGCGACGGCGUGGACGGCGACAUUGUUGACGAUGAGCUUGGAGCCGGGCAAGGGCGAUGAUGAUAGCUUUUCGCCCGUGGGCAGGACGUAUGCGGCGAGUUGGGUCAAGAUUGUUAGUGCGUGGGUGUGCUAUGGGCUGUAUACCUGGACCUUGGUCGCGCCUAUUGUGUUGCCGGAUAGGUUUUAG